GCGCUUGGCGCCCCCUGCCGGUUCCUAGGAUGCACUUUGGGGAGCUGUUGGGUGGACUUUACUUCACUACUCCUUCAGCUGGGCACUUUUUCGCUGCUCUUUACAUACAUCCGUAUCUCAUAAACGGAGAUUUUAAUAUCAGCCUUCGUACUGUCACACAAUUCCGGUUUACAGACAGCCAUUUCUUGUUGAAAAGCACCGAAGGGCGGUGCUCUCGGAAACUCCUGUCCACAUUUAAUCAACUCAUUGUGGUUUCAUAAACAAAAGAAGCGUAACUUUAUUUUUUUUUUGCUUAUUUUUGGUAGCUUUUCGUGCUUCUACUGCAGGGAUCGACGCGCUACGCAGCCCAGCCGCAACAGACUCUCUUCCUUCCGCAUCUCCAGUUCGAUGAAACAGGGCCGAUCCGUUGCAUCGGCGAUCGAUUGGUCGCCCUCCGUAAACACGUGUGGCUCCGCAGCAUGGCCGGCAGCGCCUCUUCGUCUUCACUCGAACCUGUUUCUUCUCACCUGUGACGCGCAGCGGAGUCGGAAACAGCGCGGAUUCGGCUCCGCCACAUCUCCACACGCCCCGGGGCAGCGGGGCCAGGGGAAAUAGAGUAAAUCGCACGUUGCUUGCAGCGUCUUCGCUCCUUUGAGAAGAGGCUUCCAGAGGUUUGGCGGGACAUGGACGCCUCUGCUAGUAAUCCAGCGUGGGCCUCGGACGACCUGCUGAAGCUGCUGGAGAGCAUGAGGGAGAAGCUCCCGCAGAAAGACGUCGUCAGGUACAAGACGGCCGAGUCACGCCUGGACUGGGACGAGGUGGCCUUCGGACACUUUUCAGGAGAGGAGUGCAAGCGGAAAUGGCUGGAGGUGUCCAGACAGGUGCGCAGGUUUCGCACGCUGACAGAGCUGAUUGCCGAUGUCCAAGAGCUCGCCACAAACCCCCAUAAGGGCAAAACGGUGAAGAAACACCCCGACUUCCCCAAGAAGCCCCUGACGGCCUACUUCCGCUUCUUCAAGGAGAAGCGGGCCAAAUACGCAAAGCUGCACCCAGAGAUCAGCAAUCUGGAGCUCACCAAAGUGCUCUCCAAGAAGUACAGGGAGCUCUCGGACCGCAAGAAGGCAAAGUACAGCGAGGCCUUUCAUCGAGAGAAGGAGAUCUUUGAACAACAACUCUUGAAAUUCCAAGAGGAGCACCCAGACCUGGCUGAGUACAUGAAGCGAUCUGAAAUGCCUCAGAAGCCCAAGACACCCCAGCAGCUGUGGUACAACCACAAGAAGAAGUCCAUCCUCAAGAUCAACCCAGAAGCAACCACUAAAGAGAUCAAGGAGAGCGUGGGGAAGCAGUGGGCAGAGCUCUCCAACAAGAAGAAACUCAAAUGGAUCAACAAGGCCCUUGAGCAGCAGAAAGUAUACGAGGAAGCGAUGCGGGAGUUCAUCCAGCAGCAUCCUGAGCGCAACCUGUCGGAGAGCAACAUCAAGAAGGUGACUUUGACCAAAGCCGAGAGGCAACUGAAGGACAAGUUUGAUGGGCGGCCCGACAAGCCUCCGCCGAACGGCUUCUCCCUGUAUUGCACCGAGUCCAUGGUCAAAAUGACGGAGGUGCCGUAUGCCGAGCGCAUUAUGAUGUGCAGCCAGCAGUGGAAGCAGCUGAAGCAGAGUGAGAGGGAUACUUACCAGGAGCGCUGCAAGCAGAAAAAGAAAGAAUACGAAGUGGAGAUGGAGUGCUACGUGAAGAGCCUCCCGGAGGAGGAGCAGCAGCGGGUGCUGGCGGAGGUCGAGGCCGAGCAAAACGCCUCCAGGAAGAGAUCCCGUCCCAAGCGGGACUCGGACAGCACCAAGCGGCCCAUCUCGGCCAUGUUCAUCUACAAGGAGGAGAAGCGGCCCAAACUGCAGAAGCAGAGGCCGGACCUGUCGGAAAGCGAGGUGGCACAACUCUUAGAGCGCAUGUGGACUGAACUUCCUGAUAAGAAGAAGAAGAAGUAUGCGCGGCUGGAAGAAACCUUGAAGGUAGAACUGAAGAAAGCAGUGAAAGGCAAGCAGGCCUCAGCUGCCACCCCCAACUCGAAAAAGGCUAAGAUUGAAGGAGAAUCCAAGAAGCCGCUGUUGAGCGGUUACCAGGCAUUCUCCCAGGAGCUGUGUGCAGGCAAGGAGCUGGAUCACCUGUCGCUGAAGGAGCGCUCGGCAGAGAUUAAGGGAAGGUGGCAGAAGAUGCCGCAGCACGAGAAGGACCGCUACACGGCUGCUGCUGAGAAGAUGCAAAACAAGAACAAGGGCUUGUUAUCGGAAAAGAGGGCUGCCAGUGCUAAAAACAAGUCCUCUGUAAGUGAAGAACCGGAGCAGCAGGAAUUCUCUGUAGGGAACCUUGUCAAGUCUCAGUCAGAGUAAAGACUUUCCUGGUUUCCUUUAAUUAUUUGAUUUUAUUUUUUUCAUUUAGAAACGAAAAAACGCUGACAAACUGGGAGGGGCAAAAGCAAAAAUGAAACCUACGCAAACAAAAGUGAACUAUGAACACGAUGAUGACGACGACGAUGACGA